AUGGAAGUUGAUGGUUCUUCAACAAAGGGCUUGUUAAAUCAUAUUGAAAAACCCCAUGUUUUAGCUGUUGAUGACAAUUUAACUGAUCUUAAACUUGUCGAAACGUUGCUCAAGAAUUCCUCUUGCAAAGUGACUACUGCAGAAAAUGGCUUGAUGGCUUUGGAGUAUUUGGGCUUGGGAAAUGACAAACAAGGCUCUUUGAAUGACAAUGGUUCAAAGGUGAAUUUGAUAAUCACAGACUAUUGCAUGCCAGGAAUGACUGGAUAUGAGCUACUUAAGAAAAUCAAGGAAUCAUCUGUUAUGAAGAAUGUCCCCGUCGUCAUAAUGUCAUCUGAGAACACACCAACUCGAAUUAACAAGUGCUUGGAGGAAGGAGCUCAUAUGUUUAUCCCAAAGCCUCUAAAAUACUCUGAUGUGAAGAAGUUGAGAUGUCAGCUAAUGCAAUGGGGAAAUUAA